AUGAACCUAUGGACAACGGCGGAAGGCCUGCUAUGCCGUGCUCAAGUUGGAACCACACUGGAACAUACAUCGGGGCCAUUGAUGGGAUUGAAAAAAGAGCCGGACCUUAUGUUUAAAAUUAACCGACAAGAUUACCCAAAAUUCGUUAUCGAAGCAGGGUGGUCUGAGUCCGCCCCUCUUUUGAUACAGGAUAAAGAUCUCCUUUUGAGUGGAGCCCAGGGUGACAAGAAGGUGGUUAUAACGGUCAAAUGGAAGAAAAACUCCCAGGGUCAAGUAUUAGGAAGCCUUAAGGUCUGGCGCUGGGGGGUGGCUGUCCCAACUGAAAUGACAAUAUUUCCACGGCCGCCGAAUGGACACCUGCAAGUCAUCAAUUUGACUCGUUUUGAAGUUUUUGGUCGAUCUAUAAUCCCGGGGCGCAAUCCCAACGAUCUUCUCCCUCUGGCCUUGGACGACUUGCGAUGCAUUGCAGCAGAUGAUCUGGCUUUGAUGAACUUGACUCACGUUUAA